CAGACGUGCCUGUGCCGCUCCGCCACUUUAGUUCUCAUGCCAUUUGAGGACCGGCAGCUUAUACGGUUAAGUUAGGCCCAUUCAGCUGGUUAGUUAUACCCGAGGUCAACUCAACGACGGAUCAAUGAUAAACUCCUACUCGGCCAAUCUCGAUGUUUGAGAACGGCAGAAAGAUGGUAGAACAGACUUCACGAUAGCAAGAACAGAACAGCAAAAUGACCGAAACACAGAAACCUACACAAACAGGCAUCAAGGUGAUCGUGGUGGGAACGGGCUUCGCAGGACUUACAGCCGCGAUAGAAUGCCACCGAAAGGGACACGAUGUAUUGGUGCUUGAAAAGUUCCCAGAGCUGAAGCUCCUGGGCGACAUCAUCUCCUUUGGUCCCAACUCGUCGCGACUAUUCCGUCGAUGGCCAGGUGUCGCCGAGCAACUAGAGCCGCUCAGCAUGCGGGCUGAUGCAAUCACUCUAAAAUCUUGGAAAGGGGAAACGCUCUAUACACAAUACUGGGAGGGUGAGGAUGCAGAAUUUGGUAUCCGCUACGACGGCCACCGCGGCGAGUUCCACGAGGUUGUCUAUAAUCAUGCUAAGGAGAUCGGCGUGAACAUCCGACUCAACGCUCGCGUUGAAGACUAUUUCGAAGACGACAAAGAGGCAGGCGUAGUUCUUGAAAAUGGCGAACGAAUUACCGCCGAUGUCGUGAUCGCGGCCGAAGGUGUCCGUAGUAAGGGCCGUAAAAUUGUGCUCGGAUUUGAGGAUAAGCCCAAGCCAUCCGGCUACGCCGUCUAUCGCAGUUGGUUCAGCGCGGAUGAAAUUGCCAAAGAUCCCGACACGAAAUUCUUCACCGAGGGUGGCGAUAAGCAUGUCGCAUGGCUUGGCCCCGACGUGCACUUCAUCGCAGCCUGCAUGAAGAAAGGGAAGGAUUUCUCGUGGGUAUGUACGCACAAGGACGAGGCGGAUAUCGAGGAGAGCUGGCAACUCGAGGCACCACUGGAAGACGCGCGCAAAGUGCUCGAGGGCUGGGAUCCGAUCGUACAAAAGAUUUUGGAUAAGACGCCGUCUCCUCUAAUCGAUUGGAAGCUGGUCUACCGUGAUCCUUUACCGACGUGGAUCUCGAAAGGUAGGCGGAUUGCGUUAAUUGGUGACUCGGCCCAUCCGUUCUUGCCAACAUCCAUUCAGGGGGCAUCGCAGGCGAUGGAGGACGGCGUCACGAUUGCUGUGUGCCUGCGGGAAUGCGGCGGUCCUGGAAAGGUCCAGGAAGCAGUCGCGGCGUUCGAAGCGAUUCGGUACGAACGCGUCAAGUCCGCCCAGAAGACGGGGGAGCAGACGCGUGACAUCUGGCACAAGGCGGACUUUGAGGCCGCCAAGAAGAACCCCGAGAGCAUGAGGCUACGCCGCGAGGCUUGGAUACUGGGCUUCGACGCCGAGAAGUACGCCGAGGAUAACUACCAGCGCACGGUCGAGGUCCUCAGGCGCACGGGUCUACAAGACACGAGCGAAGCGAGAAAGUUACAUUUACCCGAAGGGAUAUACGGCUACCUAGAGUAUGGAACUAGAGAUGGAACUAGCAAAGGGACUGAUAUUUCUGCUGCCGCUCAUGCGGUCGACGGUACGGUUAUAUCAUAAAAUGGUAGGUUAAGUGGGUAUAUACAGAUAGAUAGACAAAUAGAAGAGAGGUUGAAGAUGAGUCGACGGCUUUUGUGCGACUUUUUAAAGUUUCGCGCUUCUCCUUUCCAAUGCAAUGCCCCCCUAUUUCCCCCUUUUCUUUUCUUCUUUUUUUCUUCGAACUGAUUAGGAUAGUUGAAACCGGAACGCCUCUGAUAUC